AUGGCCGCUGUGGGUGGUGAGCUGAAAAGUGUCGUUCAGCACCUGCGAGCUUUGCAGAGAAGAUUGUGCAGACGCAAAAGACUUGAGCUUGCCAAGGAGGAAGGAACUAGCGACCCCCGAGAGCAUGUGAUGCUCAAAGUACAGCCUACUGCAACAUCUGUUUUGGCUGUUUUCGAGUUGAGCGGCAGAAAUUCUGCUUGUGCUGCACGCUUUUUGGCGGCCAAGAACAAGUUGAAUGUGGCAGAGGCUUCCUUGUCAAAUUCUUUAGCUUCUGCAAUUGAAGAUGCCUAUUUGCAGGUGCCUUUCGAAACCAUUGUGGGCCUCUUAGAUAGUCCCACAUGCCCACGCCACCGUCGUGACUUGUUUGCGGCGGGUCGCUUUAUAGUUGAAACGCAGCUAUACACAUGGCUGCUUGCCCAAAACAAGAAAGGGGUUGCACCUGGGAGGCAACAAUUAGUAGCAGAAGCGUGCAGGCUGACUCCAAAGGAUUUGCCGCAUGAUGUGGCAGCCAUGCUGGAGCAGUACUGGAAAGGCAAUGGACGCGCAAGGUCACAAAGAAAGUGGUUGCGCCGCUUUCGUUUUGAACAUGGUCUACAGUUGGGCCGCGUGCGUGUGCAGGCAGUGAUGCCUCUAGCAGACAUGCAGCGCAAGGCGAAAGCUUUUUGGAGAUGGAGCAACUACGUUCAUGCACAAUCAAGCAGCUCGGGUCCUCUUCUCUUGCUGAACAUGGACGAAACUUCCAUUGCUUUGAAGCCAACCGCGAAGGUUGGCACUGCCGCCCGGGGCUUCACAGGGCACAAGGCUGUAGAUGCCGCAUCUUUGGCUGAGACGCGGGCUCGGUUCACAUUGAUGUGCACGAUUUGCAAUGACACGUCUGUGCAGCCAUUCCUUCCGCAGGUUCUCCUCACGAACGGUCGGUUUCUUGGAAAGAAGGCCAAAGUGGAGAAACUCAGGGGCAAUCUGUCCGUUUGGACCCAGAAAAGCGCUUGGUCAUGCCAUGCUACACUGAGACGAUAUAUUUCUUUGCUUGGAUUCAAGCUCAAGGCUGCAGCUCCGGGCCGUGACUAUGCACUACUUCUAGAUUGCGCGCCUUCUCACUUGCACGGUUCCAUUAAAAGGCAAGCGAAGCUCAACCAUAUUCGUUUGGUCUACAUUGCAGCUGGGCUCACACGUUGCCUUCAACCAGCAGACACAGAUCUAUUUUCGCGGCUGAAGGAGAAAAUCGCAGAGCUAUAUCGUUCACAGCAAUCAAUGAGUGUGGACGGAAAGAUUUCGCCUGCCCAAUGGCUGGAGAUCUUGGGUUCAUCUUUACAAUCAAUUCUACCAGCUGUGAAAUGGAGCCGGGCCUUCGCCAAGGUUGGUGCUUCGAAUUGGCAAAAGGAUGUGUGCCAAUCUUUACUCUUUGAAUUCGGUUGGCCAAGUGUACCGACCAUCCCACCAGGGCCUCCGACUGAGUCGGAGGCCCGCGACAUUUUCCCUAAGGGAAGAAGUAAGCUGGAUGUUCUGUCCUAUGUGCAUUGGAAGCAGCCAGCGGCCAAAGGCCAAUUUCCGUAUGCAUUCGUGGCAGCCAUGGCCGCUGUGGGUGGUGAGCUGAAAAGUGUCGUUCAGCACCUGCGAGCUUUGCAGAGAAGAUUGUGCAGACGCAAAAGACUUGAGCUUGCCAAGGAGGAAGGAACUAGCGACCCCCGAGAGCAUGUGAUGCUCAAAGUACAGCCUACUGCAACAUCUGUUUUGGCUGUUUUCGAGUUGAGCGGCAGAAAUUCUGCUUGUGCUGCACGCUUUUUGGCGGCCAAGAACAAGUUGAAUGUGGCAGAGGCUUCCUUGUCAAAUUCUUUAGCUUCUGCAAUUGAAGAUGCCUAUUUGCAGGUGCCUUUCGAAACCAUUGUGGGCCUCUUAGAUAGUCCCACAUGCCCACGCCACCGUCGUGACUUGUUUGCGGCGGGUCGCUUUAUAGUUGAAACGCAGCUAUACACAUGGCUGCUUGCCCAAAACAAGAAAGGGGUUGCACCUGGGAGGCAACAAUUAGUAGCAGAAGCGUGCAGGCUGACUCCAAAGGAUUUGCCGCAUGAUGUGGCAGCCAUGCUGGAGCAGUACUGGAAAAGCAAUGGACGCGCAAGGUCACAAAGAAAGUGGUUGCGCCGCUUUCGUUUUGAACAUGGUCUACAGUUGGGCCGCGUGCGUGUGCAGGCAGUGAUGCCUCUAGCAGACAUGCAGCGCAAGGCGAAAGCUUUUUGGAGAUGGAGCAACUACGUUCAUGCACAAUCAAGCAGCUCGGGUCCUCUUCUCUUGCUGAACAUGGACGAAACUUCCAUUGCUUUGAAGCCAACCGCGAAGGUUGGCACUGCCGCCCGGGGCUUCACAGGGCACAAGGCUGUAGAUGCCGCAUCUUUGGCUGAGACGCGGGGUCGGUUCACAUUGAUGUGCACGAUUUGCAAUGACACGUCUGUGCAGCCAUUCCUUCCGCAGGUUCUCCUCACGAACGGUCGGUUUCUUGGAAAGAAGGCCAAAGUGGAGAAACUCAGGGGCAAUCUGUCCGUUUGGACCCAGAAAAGCGCUUGGUCAUGCCAUGCUACACUGAGACGAUAUAUUUCUUUGCUUGGAUUCAAGCUCAAGGCUGCAGCUCCGGGCCGUGACUAUGCACUACUUCUAGAUUGCGCGCCUUCUCACUUGCACGGUUCCAUUAAAAGGCAAGCGAAGCUCAACCAUAUUCGUUUGGUCUACAUUGCAGCUGGGCUCACACGUUGCCUUCAACCAGCAGACACAGAUCUAUUUUCGCGGCUGAAGGAGAAAAUCGCAGAGCUAUAUCGUUCACAGCAAUCAAUGAGUGUGGACGGAAAGAUUUCGCCUGCCCAAUGGCUGGAGAUCUUGGGUUCAUCUUUACAAUCAAUUCUACCAGCUGUGAAAUGGAGCCGGGCCUUCGCCAAGGUUGGUGCUUCGAAUUGGCAAAAGGAUGUGUGCCAAUCUUUACUCUUUGAAUUCGGUUGGCCAAGUGUACCGACCAUCCCACCAGGGCCUCCGACUGAGUCGGAGGCCCGCGACAUUUUCCCUAAGGGAAGAAGUAAGCUGGAUGUUCUGUCCUAUGUGCAUUGGAAGCAGCCAGCGGCCAAAGGCCAAUUUCCGUAUGCAUUCGUGGCAGCCAUGGCCGCUGUGGGUGGUGAGCUGAAAAGUGUCGUUCAGCACCUGCGAGCUUUGCAGAGAAGAUUGUGCAGACGCAAAAGACUUGAGCUUGCCAAGGAGGAAGGAACUAGCGACCCCCGAGAGCAUGUGAUGCUCAAAGUACAGCCUACUGCAACAUCUGUUUUGGCUGUUUUCGAGUUGAGCGGCAGAAAUUCUGCUUGUGCUGCACGCUUUUUGGCGGCCAAGAACAAGUUGAAUGUGGCAGAGGCUUCCUUGUCAAAUUCUUUAGCUUCUGCAAUUGAAGAUGCCUAUUUGCAGGUGCCUUUCGAAACCAUUGUGGGCCUCUUAGAUAGUCCCACAUGCCCACGCCACCGUCGUGACUUGUUUGCGGCGGGUCGCUUUAUAGUUGAAACGCAGCUAUACACAUGGCUGCUUGCCCAAAACAAGAAAGGGGUUGCACCUGGGAGGCAACAAUUAGUAGCAGAAGCGUGCAGGCUGACUCCAAAGGAUUUGCCGCAUGAUGUGGCAGCCAUGCUGGAGCAGUACUGGAAAGGCAAUGGACGCGCAAGGUCACAAAGAAAGUGGUUGCGCCGCUUUCGUUUUGAACAUGGUCUACAGUUGGGCCGCGUGCGUGUGCAGGCAGUGAUGCCUCUAGCAGACAUGCAGCGCAAGGCGAAAGCUUUUUGGAGAUGGAGCAACUACGUUCAUGCACAAUCAAGCAGCUCGGGUCCUCUUCUCUUGCUGAACAUGGACGAAACUUCCAUUGCUUUGAAGCCAACCGCGAAGGUUGGCACUGCCGCCCGGGGCUUCACAGGGCACAAGGCUGUAGAUGCCGCAUCUUUGGCUGAGACGCGGGGUCGGUUCACAUUGAUGUGCACGAUUUGCAAUGACACGUCUGUGCAGCCAUUCCUUCCGCAGGUUCUCCUCACGAACGGUCGGUUUCUUGGAAAGAAGGCCAAAGUGGAGAAACUCAGGGGCAAUCUGUCCGUUUGGACCCAGAAAAGCGCUUGGUCAUGCCAUGCUACACUGAGACGAUAUAUUUCUUUGCUUGGAUUCAAGCUCAAGGCUGCAGCUCCGGGCCGUGACUAUGCACUACUUCUAGAUUGCGCGCCUUCUCACUUGCACGGUUCCAUUAAAAGGCAAGCGAAGCUCAACCAUAUUCGUUUGGUCUACAUUGCAGCUGGGCUCACACGUUGCCUUCAACCAGCAGACACAGAUCUAUUUUCGCGGCUGAAGGAGAAAAUCGCAGAGCUAUAUCGUUCACAGCAAUCAAUGAGUGUGGACGGAAAGAUUUCGCCUGCCCAAUGGCUGGAGAUCUUGGGUUCAUCUUUACAAUCAAUUCUACCAGCUGUGAAAUGGAGCCGGGCCUUCGCCAAGGUUGGUGCUUCGAAUUGGCAAAAGGAUGUGUGCCAAUCUUUACUCUUUGAAUUCGGUUGGCCAAGUGUACCGACCAUCCCACCAGGGCCUCCGACUGAGUCGGAGGCCCGCGACAUUUUCCCUAAGGGAAGAAGUAAGCUGGAUGUUCUGUCCUAUGUGCAUUGGAAGCAGCCAGCGGCCAAAGGUCAUGUUCGGCUGUACAAAGGCAAACCCAUUAGAACAUUGGAUUAA